GCGUCCUGUCUGUGGAUGUCUUUUUGCUAAUUGCCUGGAGAUCCUAAUCUGGCCACUCACAUUCAAGCACGUCCUCAUCCGGAGGCUCCCAAAAACGUUUAUCACCGAAACCGCAGGACACGGAAGGCCAUCAUUAAAGGAACAACGUGGGUAGGGCGGUAAUGGUUAGGGUCAAAACCAGCUUGAUCAUUUGAGCUCGGCGCCUCUGGGGCAACUCGCUACUCGCUUUCUCGCAUGUAUAAGAGUCUUGCAACCCCACGGACUUGGACCCCAUCGCAUCAACUCUUGUCUUUCUCAAUCAUUGAAGACAAGUUUCCCUCAGAUCGUCUCGUAUCCAGAUUGCACCAUGCCAGACCGACAAAUUCCAGUCUCUCGAAAGCCCUCGGAUGGCAGCUUCACGUACCAAUCUGGUACCUACCCCGAUCGACUCAAUGCCUGGUUGAGCGAGACCAACGGUCAGAUGCCAUGGAAUCCACUCUUCUCGGUUGCCUCGAUACCCCCGACCAAGGGCACUUCUUUUGGAUCGCCAAACACUGUGUCAAGCACAGUCGCACAGCACGGAAGUGCACAAUGAGCCGACUCAAGCCAAAGGAACGAAUGAGCAAUAGAUGCUUUCCCUUCACGGGGUGCAGUUCGAUUUCAAUAGGAGAUCAGGGACGCGGCGCAAGGGUUUGGUCUGGAUGGUUUAAUGACUCAAGGCGUUUGGAACCUGUGUAUAACCAUGGUCAGUUUUUUGAAGGUGAAGCGCAGGUUGUAGAACACAAGAGUAGAGAUAGUUGGGUACUGUCAGAGGAAAUAAAGGGAUCAUGCAAGGUAAACCUUGUCAAAUACAAUCUAGCGUGAUUUUGUUUGUUCAUCAUGUGCAGGGAGAGGGUUGAAGUAAAAAAAUGACA